GGCCGAAAUAUUCCCAAACCCCUGCACAACUGGCCCUCUGAGGGCGAAGGGUCCAAUUUGGCACGGCCGGCGCCCGGGCACCAACGCACCAGGCAGCAUCGUAGAUCUUCCCGCCAGGCCGACUUGAGCCUCCAGCCAGAGCAACUGGGCCCCGUGGCCACCCCAGGCCGCAGCUGGCGGCCGCUGGCACAAACGCUGGAUAACUGGGCCAGGACUUGUUCCCGCGGUUCGUCGCCGCUGGAGAGUUUGGGCUCCGCCGAGGCCACCCCGCGCGGCAGCUCCACCAGCCCCAGACGGCACUGGAGGUGAGGCUCUCGCCCAGAGGGACCCUCCCUGCGUCCUGGCGGCGGUGAGUCAGGGCGCGUUAUGCAAGGGCUGGCCCGCCGGCCCCCGGCGCCUCCCCCUCGGUCUUUCACCCCGCGCGGUUGCGAAAGCGCGACCCCCUCCCCCCGGAGCUAUAAAGCGGCCGGGCGGCCCCGCGGCGCGCUGGCCUCUCGCUCCACGCGCGCCGGGACGCCGCGGCCAGGCUUGCGCGAUCUCCGGACGGGCGGAAUCCUGGGCAAGAUGGAGUGGGUGUGGGCGCUCGUGCUGCUGGCGGCGCUGGGCAGCGCCCGGGCGGAGCGCGACUGCCGGGUGAGCAGCUUCCGAGUCAAGGAGAACUUCGACAAGGCGCGCUUCGCCGGGACCUGGUACGCCAUGGCCAAGAAGGACCCCGAGGGCCUUUUCCUCCAGGACAACAUCAUCGCUGAGUUCUCCGUGGACGAGAGUGGCCAGAUGAGCGCCACGGCCAAGGGCCGAGUUCGUCUCUUGAAUAACUGGGACGUGUGCGCAGACAUGGUGGGCACCUUCACAGACACUGAGGACCCUGCCAAGUUCAAGAUGAAGUACUGGGGCGUAGCGUCUUUUCUCCAGAAAGGAAACGAUGACCACUGGAUCAUCGACACGGACUACGACACCUAUGCCGUGCAGUAUUCUUGCCGCCUCCUAAACCUCGACGGCACCUGUGCUGACAGCUACUCCUUCGUGUUCGCCCGUGACCCGCACGGCUUUUCCCCGGAAGUGCAGAGAAUCGUGAGGCGGAGGCAGGAGGAGCUGUGCCUGGCCAGGCAGUACAGGCUGAUCACUCACAAUGGUUACUGUGAUGCUAAAUCAGACAGAAAUUAUUUUUAGCAACAUCGAGGAAGUCAAGUUUCAUUUGAAAACUUCCCACUAACUCUCACUCAGACUUCGACUCUAUUUAUCUUAGUUUAGUUUGGCCCUCUCUUCUCCCCUUCCCUUGGUAAACAUAAAACCUUCAGUCACAUAAAAAUAUAUGUGGGAAUAAGUGAAUCUGUGUGCAUUCAAAUGUAUGUCUUUACUGGAGUUUUCUAAGGAAUCAUUUGAGGCUUAGGAUUCCAGACUUUGAUUUAUUAAAAUAUAGUCACCCGUU